GUACUUCCGCCCUUCUCUGCCAAAGGAGCGGCAUUUGGGAAGGCUGGCAAGCCAUGGCCCACGCGCGCCCGGCCCCGCUGCCUCGCGCCGCGCCCUGGCGCUGCUUUCCCUGCCCGCGCGCCGAGCUCCGCCUCGAGCUGGUGCUGUGCGGCGGGCAGACCUUUCGGUGGUCUGAAACCAGUCCUGGCUACUGGACUGGGGUGCUGGCAGGACGGGUUUGGACCCUGACGCAGUCAGAGGAGCAGCUCUGGUACACACUCCACGAUGAGGAGAAGGAGGAAGGCAGCCGGGAGGAAGAUGGCCUCUCUGAGCCCCCACUGAAGAAAGGGAGGAAACAAGCCCAGCCGGAUGGGAGCCAUACCGAGACCAGCGAGCGCUCAGGCAGCCAUUUGUCUGGAGAACCGAUCCGCGGCAUGGAGGGAUUGACGCCCUCCCAGAUCCUCCAGGACUAUUUCCAGCUACACAUAAAUCUAUCUGCAUUGUACCAGGGAUGGUCUUACGUUGACUCACAUUUCCGGGAAGUCGCCAUCAAGUUUCCAGGAGUCCGGGUGCUGCGACAGGACCCCGUGGAGUGCCUCUUCUCCUUCAUCUGCACCUCCAACAACCACUUGUCCCGCAUCACCAACAUGAUCCAGCACCUGUGCCAGGCCUUUGGGCGCCGCCUCUGCCAACUGGACACCAAGACGUACCACGCCUUUCCCUCCUUGCAGGCAAUGGCAGGAGCAGACACCGAAGCCCGGCUGAGGGACCUGGGCUUUGGGUACCGGGCCCGGUUUGUGAGUGAGAGUGCCAGGGCCGUCCUGAAGACACUUGGUGGUGCGGCUGGCCUCCAGCAGCUGCGCACCGUCCCUUAUGAACAGGCCCGGCAUGCCUUGUGCACCCUCCCUGGCGUGGGAGUCAAGGUGGCCGACUGCGUGUGUCUCAUGUCAUUGGACAAAGCUGAGGCAGUGCCCGUGGAUACGCACAUAUGGCAGGUGGCCAAGCGGUACUAUGGGCAAGAAUUGGGGAUGGGGGCCCGCAGCGUGACGGAGCGAGUCCAUCGGGAAAUCGGGAACUUCUUCCGGAGCCUGUGGGGACCCUAUGCUGGAUGGGCUCAAGAGGUUUUCUUUUGUGCCGACCUGAGGAAGUACCAGGAGUCGCCAGACCCGGAUGCCAAAAACCGCUGUGCCAAAAUUGCCAGGAGCAGCAAUUCCACCUUGACCUAAUAAUUCCCCUCCCAGCCCAGUAUGGCCUGUGCGACAGACAAGUAAGAAAACUAUUUCUUCUCCAGGGCCGGAGCUGGAGAGAAACCUCCACGUUGGGAACAGGGCACCGUCUGAGUGACUGAAGAGGGUCUGAGCGGUUUGUGUUGUGGAGAGUCGGUUUUGGCCACUGCAGUGGGGAUGUUUGUGCCCCAGCAGUGGUUGUUUGUGGUAUAAGCUUGUUGUGUAGCUGCAAGGUAUCAUAGAAUACUUUUUUACCUGUCGCUUUUGUCCUUUGCUUUGUCCUUUGGUACAGUAUUAAUGUGUUGCGGUCCAAUUUCUAAGGGAGGCCAUGAGAAGCUCUUCUUCUCUCCUUGGGCUAUAUAUUUAGUCAUUGGGCUAAAGCAGGCAUGGGCAAACUUUGGCCCUCCGGAUGUUUUGGACUUCAACUCCCACAAUUCCUAACAGCCUACUGUCUGUUAGGAAUUGUGGGAGUUGAAGUCCAAAACACCCGGAGGGCCAAAGUUUGCCCAUGCCUGGGCUAACCGAUGGCAUGGUUACUUAACUUCAAAAAAAAGGCAGGCUCUUUCAUUGAUUAUAUGUGAUGUAAAUGUCCAUGUUUAUAUAAAUGGCUGUGUAUAUGUUCAUCUGUUCUGUCACUGCGAACUUUUUGCCACCGGAUGGCAUCAUUUCAUAUGACAGAGCCAGACUACUUGUGGGAAGAUCAGCUUCUUUGGGAAAUUAAAACACUAGGCCUCUCAAUGGAAAACAGAGAGUUCACCAUUGAUAAAAGAGUUGGUCAUCGUUGGCCUAGAUCAUGUACUGUAUCUCUGCCCUUCAGCGGGCAUUCCCUUUAGGGAAUUUUCAGUUCUACUAAAGGAAGUCACAAAUGCAAUAUAUACUAACAUGUAAGUCAACCUUAUGUAUAAGUCGAUGGCAGGUAUGGAGGUAAAAAUUAUGGAUUGUGAUGUGUUUCAUGGAUAAGUCGAGGCUCAUUCUGUAGAGAGCGGAAUGCACCACUGCUGCCAUUGCCACAUUGAAUGUCAAGCAUUCAAAAAGGCCAGAAGUGGGACCACAUCAGUGCUUCUUUUAGGUUCUUCUGGGACAGAUUAUGCUCUUGUCUUUUACCAGAGAAGGGGGUGGUGCCUUGUUAUAGGAAUUAAAGUAUAGUACUUACAUUGACUUGAGUUUUUGGGGUUGGUUUUUGACUAGAAUUUAUAUACGUAUACACGAAUAGGUGGAGGUAAAAGUUCCCCCUUGAUAUUAAGUCUAGUCGUGUCCCACUCUGGAGGUUGGUGCUCAUCUCCAUUUCUAAGCCGAAGAGCCAGCAUUGUGGCUGACAUGACUGCAUGGAGUGCCGUUACCUUCCCGCCGGAGCAGUACCUAUUGAUCUACGCACAUUUGCAUGAACAGAAGCUGGGGCUAACAGCAAGAGCUCACCCCACUCCCUGGAUUCAAACCGCCGACCUUUCAGUCAGCAAGUUCAGCAGCUCAGCUGUUUAAUCCGCUGUGCCAUUGGGGGCUCCGUAUACAUGAAUAUAUAGGGUAAAUCUAGAACAACGCAAAUAUAACAAAUUCAGAUCUCACUGCUUGUAGUGAGGUUUCAGUCCGUUGCACACUUAUCUGGAAGUGAAUUUCACUAAACUCAGUGGGAUGGAUUUAGCAGGUUCAAGUCAUGUGUUGUCUAUCCAACACAAUGUAAGUACAGUUCAGAUGUUGUGAUGGCUGCCCUUAUGUCAAAACCCAACAUUGAAAAUAAUUUAUCCUGGAAGGGAUGCUCAUUCCAGUGAGAACCUUCUGAAAGCACCCUUGCAUUGUAAAAUAGAGUAUCAAAUAUUUCCCUUCCCAACUUGUGUGUUGGCAUAUAGAUAUAUAAAUAUAUCUCGAAAACAUUUUUGUUGAUCUUCUCUGUUGCCUGGAAUCCUAUUUUCCAACAAACUCCUUUCAACUCAAUAACUUUUCCUCUUCCUUAUUUUUUUCAUUGAUCUGUUUCUAUAAUGAAGUGUUAAGAUAGUGUGUGUAACCCAAACUGUCGGUAUGCUGUAGCCAAAGCUAACCACACUGAAAGUCUGUGAGUCUAAAUGGGAGAAGCUCAAAUUUUUGCUUGCAUCUCCUUGUCAAAAUAAGUGGAAUUUUAAAGAGAAGGGAGAUUGGGGUCACACAUAGUGUGUUUUUUUGUUCCAUCUGCAGUGCCAGGAAACCCAACUAUUCCCUAUCCUCUUCCUUUUGUCUUGACUGUUUCUAGACUGUAAACUGCAUUGGGCAGGAAUCUUAUUAAUUUUUAAUCUUUUUCUAAAGUGUUUUAUCUAUUUCUAGGUGCUGUGUCAAUAAAAUAAGAAACUAUGA